CUAUUAAAACUGGUUUGCUCUGAAAUAUUUAUCACUGCUUAUUACCACAUAUAAAUGAAAAGAAAGCGAUUAGAGAAGAAAAUGCAAAGUUCAAUCUAAUGGGCUAUUGGGUGAAACCAUUAAUGCCCUGGACUUCAAAGAACAUUCUGGAAAUGUAAUCCGAGGGAGUGUACAAACACAAACGCUGCAACACUUCUUUCUCCCCUUUCUUUUGUGCAAGCUCCGGUCACAGGACAAUAAAACUUUUGGCACCCCGUGCAAGCGUUGCUUGGUAACAAAAGUUAAACAGGACAAAGCUUCUUUUAGGACUACAGUCUGAAUAUCCUCCUCUGAUUCUCAAGCAAUUCAGCUGUGGACCUCAUUUAAAAAUUCUCCAUGGCUAAAGGAAAGAGAGCAGGUGGAGCCAAAGGUACAAAGAUCACACUGAAAAUGGCUAAAAAUGCCCUUAAAGUAACUCCAGAUGGCAAACUACGACUUGAUCUGAGCAAUGUAGGCAUCGCCACAUUUCCCAAAUGCCUCCUAAAGUUAAGAAACAUAGAGGAACUUGACCUGAGCCGGAACAAAUUGAAAAUUAUCCCAGAAUUCGUUGGCCAGCUCUCUGGACUGCGUUGGUUAGAUCUUCACAGCAACCAAAUCGAACAACUCCCGGAAAGCAUUGGACUCCUAACAUCUCUGGUCUACCUCAACCUCUGUAACAACAACCUGGACUCUAAUGGUUUAUCGCCUGAAAUAGGAAGUCUGAGAAAUCUCCAGGCUCUCAACUUGGGUAUGAAUCGUCUAAAUGCCCUCCCUCCCACCUUGGCCACCCUGACAAACCUGACAGAGCUGGGAGUUUUUGAUAACUUGUUCACACGGAUACCAGAAUGCAUAAACGUAUUCCCCUACUUGACGAAGCUCAACACCAAACGCAACCCUGUUUCCUAUACACAGCGAGAGGGCAAAGACUCUGACUCUAUAAAACCAACAGGAAAUCUGUUUUUGGUCAGAGAGGGAGAUUUGUGCCAUCCCUGCCUAGAGAGAUGCAGAAGGAAAAAGCUGCUUGACAUGUCGCAAAGAAAGAGUAAUUUUUCAGGGCUGAUCUCGCCAAACUCUAUAGCUCGAGGUAAUCAAGAAAAUUGGCGGCAGCAGACUUCUAUCUCACCUCCAAGUUUUCAAAAAGGACAAGCCAGACCUGCCGGAGAUACCAACACAUUGUCUUUUAUGAAUAACCUUUAUGAAUAAGGGCAUUCUACAUAAUGAAUCAACUUUUAAAACUCCUCCUGUACUUUUAGGGAAUAAAUAGGUUUUGCAGGGGGUCCACCAAAUAUUGUUAGAUCUCAAGCUCAUUUUCGUGGGGAAAUUAUUUUGAAAUGUGUCAAACACAAAACAACAAAGUUCACUUCAACUAAAGCUAAAAUUAUGAAGUUAAAGUUUAGCUAACUGUUUCAUUGUGCUUCCCAAAUAAAGCGUUUUAAAUAGAAAUCAAAUGAAAUGUACAUUGAUGUACAAACAUGAAUAUAUAAAUACGCAUAUACAUUAUCUGACACUAAAAUACAUGUUUUUACAGGCCAGCCCAAAAAUGCAAUACUUUUUUACAAUAUCCUUUAUCUCUCUAUAUAUAUUUCUUAUUUUAAGAAAACAGCUUUGACUUUGAAGCCGAUGGGAAACGUUAAACAUUAAGUCCAUUCCCACUUCAUCAUUUCAAAAUGUCAGGGGAACUAAAUAUGAUAAAACUAAAUUGAGUAGAAAUUGAAAUGGUGAGUUAAGGAAUGAUAAUUUGAACCAAAAGAACAUCUGAAAUAACGAAUAGUUAGUAAGCUUAUGGCAUCCUUGCAGACAAUUAACAGCUAUAAAAUUGUGAGUUGUAUUGGCUGUUGAUGACUUUCAAAAGUUACUGAGGCUGUUUUAAUUGGUAGGAAGUGCUGAAGAUGCAGUAAUUGUAGUUUCAGUGUAAUGCCGGGAUAUUGUUCAGGGGAUUGAGAGUCUUCCUGUCAAUCGUUAACCGCAAACAUAACAGAAUGGGUUUUCUGGAAACUUUGAAACCUGUUUCAUUAUAAAAGCCUCAGUCUCUCUAACUGAAAUGGAAACUGUCUG